AUGGCGCAGGACGAACCACGUGUGGCGCAGGAGCGAGAAGAGAAGGGCGCGGCAGAGAGAAACCCGACGACCACUGCGAUUUCUACGACCGCUCGGGUAGCUGCUGUCCCAAUCUCUGAUUCGGUCGUGCGCAGCGUGGUAGACAUGAGGGACGACUCCUCGGCGAGGAUUUGGGAGAUUGGAUACAGGAGUAUACUCCGUCCGGAGGAGGGCUCUGGGCUACCAUGGCGGCUGGGACCACAGGACCAAAACAGCAUCGUAGAUCAGGGCGGGCGUUCGAGGGUCUCCAACACUUUUUCGGACGAUGCAGCAACGCGUUCACACGUCAACGCUCCCGGGACCCAAGAGCCUUGGCCCUUGUCUGCGAGGGAGGGCGAAGAGACCAGAGAGAGCGCGGGUGGGCAGGAGGGCAAUCGGGAUCGAGCUGAAAUUCCCUGUGAGCGCCCUGUCGAGAACGAAGAAGAUCGUAUGUUUAGGCGAGCGGGCCCAAUACCUGACCUUCCGGCAAACACGGUGAGCACAGGGAGAGCCACCGGCCACAUGGGCUCGCCAAGCCUGCCAGAGACAUUUUCGGAGCAUAACUGUUGCGUCAACCGCAGACGCGAUCAAGAUACCCUUGUGCUCGCCCAGACUCCCCCGGCGGGACACGUAGCUCGUUGCGCCGAUACCGACGACAACGACUACCGUGACUUCCACGAACACUCGGAACAACCUAACACAGCGGACGGCGAAGGACAACACAUCACCAGUUCCACGGAAAAAGUUGACAAUGCCGUGGAGUCAAUGACUGGUGACGGUAUUCCACGUGGUCAAAGAGAACUAAGGCCUCCAAGCCCCCCCUCCUCAUGUUGCGGAUCUGUUGUGCAGUCAUUCUCGCCACCACGACACGAGGACACAUCACAGGGACUUGGGGACAGGUUAGUAUCUUCCCCGUAUGUUUCCGCUGUGGCAAUGGCAGAGUCUCACACGAUGUCUCCCGAAGACCACAGCUCGAUGGGGUUUGUGGCGCGCCAGCGGUUUGAACAGCUGGCCGCAGAACGGCGGCGAGAGGAGUGGUCGAGGGCCCGAGAGGAAACAAGGCGCAAGCUCGCGGCUGGCGGCUGGUGGGUAAACUGUACUUCACGGGCGAUCCUUGCUCGCUCCUCCUUUUCCUGUGCAGGAGGCGACAAAGGGAACUCGCACGUCACAGGAGGUGAAGGUCGAGGGCCAUCAGUGUUCGAGCGCCUUGCGCACCGCGCUCCUUACCACGAGGAGGAUCCUGUCCGAGACGACUUCUUCGACAACGAAGAAUAUGGGCGGGCAGCAGCUGUUCGGGCUGACGGUCACGGGGCUCGCGGACACCCAUUUCAGCCAACGAUCAACCAUCGAAGCAGCCUGUUGGCGUCUAGAAUGCCGUACCGGGACAAGGAUAAGCAUGGUUGCCCACAGCAGCGGCUACACCGGGAAGGGGAAGAGUGGCUGAGCAGGCGGGAAAAGAGAAUUCAGCUCGCGGACGAAGAGAUGCAAGAAAAGGCUGCCGCUCGCCAUGUGAACCCAGAAUCUGAGCGGGUACUGGCGAGGAGAUCGAGGUCGAGGAUGGCAUGGUUUAGGUCUGCGAUGAUGGAGGCGUUCGACGAAGUUGAUGCCAACAGGACAGGGUGGCUUUCGCUUGCUGGCGUGGAAAGUCUUUUAAGCAAGUGCGGGAUGUUACCCAACCAGGGGCCAGACGACGUUCGUGACGACGUCUUGCUUGCUGUUUGGGCAACGCUUUCAGAAGAAGAAACAAGUGAGGUUGGUGGUCAUGGAAGCAGCGAUGGUGGGCUUGACCAGGACGAUCUAAAACCAACCUUCGGCGUGCCGGCUGAUGAUCUGGCCGUUCUUCUUGCUGAGGCGGCACGAACCUGCGAAUACGAUCGUGUUGAUGCGCGUCCGCAAAUGGAUGGACACGAAUCCUUUCCCAGCGCCUUUGCGGAAGAGCUACAACAGAGUAAGCAAAUCAAGGAUCUUUGCAACGAACUCAGCGGAAUAUUCGAGGUGAACCAGCUGCAUCGCGCCAGCAAACGACAAGACAAGAGGAGGGUCCAGACAGGAGAGACUGCCGGAGAAGAACGUCGCGCCUGCUCACAAGGGAUAAGUACGGAGUUGAAACCAGCCGGAAGGCGGAGGGACGGAGAGGAUGUGUUGCUCUCUGCACCGCCACGCGUGGUGACACGAGGCCAAGUGGCGGCGAUGGCUGAGAGAUUCGAAGAGCAAAUUCGAGAGAGAGAGCGAAAGAUUGAAAUCCUGCGGAGAAGCGACGAGGCUCGAACGACUACAGACCACACCUUUCAGCCGAAUAUGGCUGCCACGGCCACACCGGAAGCCUUGGCGUUGCGGAGAAAAGUAGCGCGGACUGCCAAGGGGCAGGGGACGGGAGUUCCGUCACGAGACAGAGCCAUCUCCGAGAGUCGGCAUCCAACGAAAACGGAUCUCCGAACAUCCGAAGAACGUGAUGUAGAGGAGAACUGCACGUUCCAACCCCGGUUAUUCCAGCCGCUACCCAUACCGCCACCGCGGUACCCCGUUCCAAGUACCCCGCGUGUCGGAGGGCGUUCGGGUGGGGAAAGUACCACCGAUUCUGCUGGCGAGGUCACCAGCAACAUAGCAUCAGCAAUAACGGUAGACCGUGCGACUGCUUCGUGGAUGGCGCAAGUGAAUCGGCUUAAGGCCGGGCGAAAAAACCGUCUUCGUCGCUUAGAGGAGGAGCGGGCAACCGCGAACAGGAGCGAACCCCUUCCGCCGGCGGUACGCCAGCUAUUCGUCGAUGAGGGGAUACAGCUGGGCCCGACAAAGGACCUCUCCGGGAGAUCAAGCGCAUCGGCGAAUAAACGAGAUGGUAGUACCACCAGCAAGGGGAAGGACUGCAACAGCGCUCGUCGAACUUCGAACAAGGUUUCUUCUCCUUCUUCCUGGUUUCGCUUGCAAGGGCGCUGUCGCGGACGCCGUCGGCUGAAGGAUAAGCGAAGAGAGGAGCAGGCCCGCAAGAACGCCGAGGACGACGCUGAGCAGCUGAAACGGAAGCGAGUCCUGAGUCGAGCGUGUAGGAGGUCGGCAGCCGUCGUCGGGCUGGAAGCCGCCCUCUCCGCUAGGGAAGCCGAGCGGGAGUGUUCCGGUUUGGACGACCCCCCGGUUGUCAUCGUAGAACUGGAGUUUGUACGCCAAAAGUGGUGGGCGUUGCUCCCCUUCUGGGCCGAUACUUGCCCGAAGGAAGCUGUUGGUAAGCUCGCCGAGCAGCAGCCGAGGGUCGUCGUGGAGGGGGUGGCGCAGGAGCUUGAAGAGUUCUUCAGGGAUGAGAUAGACCGUGCGGGUGCAUGCAUGACUAGUGUGGAUCGGGACCAAGUGGCGGAACAAGGGGCCUUAGCUGGGAGAGAUGUUGGGCCGGGUAAAAACAAUCGCCGACAUGUACCGAAGGUGGUGCUCCGAGUUGAUGUGGGGUGA